AGGGCCACCGCCUCCCGCAGCGGGGCCGGCUGGGAGCGGGGCCCCCCCCGAACGCUGCCGCCCGCUGCCCCGUCAGCGCUGGGCGACGGGACUCCUGCUCUGCCGUGCGUGAAGUUGGCAAAACCCCCUGGUCCCUUCCCAACGCGGGCUGCUUCUGGGUGCUGCAGCCGCUCGCUCUGCUCCGCACGGACCCCCAGCCUGGGGGCCAGGCCCCACGUGCGGGGUGAGGUGGGACAACGGUACCUGCCAUGUUGUCAGCACUGCCAGAGUACAAAUAAUCCCAGCGCCGGGCGCUCUUCUCCGUGUGCCGGGCGCCGCCGGGACCUCCAGCGCCGGGCGCUCUUCUCCGUGUGCCGGGCGCUGUGCUCUGUGUCCCAGGCACUGCCUGCUGGGGGGUGCGGGGAGAAUCUGGAGCUAACCCCCCCCAGGCAAACCGCUGGAGUUAAACACAAUUUCUACCCCGUUCUGCAUCUGUGCGGCCUGGCUGCCAGGAGCCGUUCCCCGCAGCUCCCUGCUUCCCAGCCAGGCCCGGCCGUCUCUCCCUCCCUGGGACGCGGAGCCCAGGCGCCGCAGCGGGGAGUGGCCUGCAGGUGCUGGGGGAGACGCUCCAACAGCAAAUCCUGCUGCUGCAGGCGCCGGCUCCAGCGUCUCCUCUGCCGACCCGAACUGGAUCCCGCCCGGGCAGCCGAGACAUCGCUCCCGUCCUCCCGGAGCCGCUCCGCCGCCGGGCCCAGGGCUCUGCAGCAAACCCGGGCCCUGCAGCCGGGGAGCCACCAGCGGGUCCCGCAGGCCGCCGGCCGUUUCAGAUCAGCUGGAGAUGCUGCCUGCAGGGAACCCCUGAGCGGGUGCUGCUACUCCUCUACCAUGGCAGCAUCCCUGGGUGACAGCCAAGUCCUCCGUGAAACAUUGGGGUUGCCCUCCCAGGAGCAGCCAGAGCGCCGUGCAGUGUCCUGUGGGGAGGACUUUGUUUAUGGUGAAGAGGAUUUUGUUCUGUGUGGGGUUGGGUGGUGGAGAAGCAGGUCAGAGGGGCCAGCAAGCCACACCAUGUCUCAUUUUGACAGAGCUUUGCAGUCCAGCUGGGAGGAAAAGAUGAAGCUGGGUUUGUUCAGGUAUCACCUGGGGGAGCUGCAGACCCGUAUCUUGCCUGGGAAUGUCCGGUUUGUGGCCCAGCUGAACAUCCAGAGAGGUCUGGAGAGGAGAAGGCCACAGGACAUCCAGAGUGUCAGGCAGAAAUUCGACCCCCAGCAAUUCCAUUUCAAUAAGAUCAAACCAGGGGAAAUCCUCUUCCAUAUGGUCAGGGGCCCUACUCCCCACCAUCCCAGCAAGGGGUGCUCUCAGUUCCAAGGGGACCCGCCGGACUCCAGACUCCCAGGGACACCUGACUGCAUCCUAGUGGUGAUUAAUGUCAGCCCUUUGGAGUUUGGACAUGUGCUCUUUAUUCCAGACCCCGCUCUCUGCCUGCCUCAGAUUCUCACCCAGGAGCUGCUCCAGUUUGGGCUGGAGUCGGUUCUUCUCAGUGCCCACCCAGGCUUCCGUGUUGGGUUUAACAGCCUCGGAGCCUUCGCCUCAGUCAACCACUUGCACCUACAUGGAUUUUACCUGGAUUGGGAGCUCCUGAUCGAGACUGCCCCAGGCGAACUCCUGUGCCCCACACUCAACUUCCACUUCCUGGGGGGAGUCCCAGCCCCAGGGUUCCUGUUCUACAGUGAAGGGGAGGGCCUGGAGGCCCUGGCACACAACAUUUGCCGAGUCACUGACUACCUGGUGGAUAAAGAGAUUGCACACAACGUGUUUGUGACCCGAGGAACUGCUCCUGGGGAGUCAACCCACUCAGAGAACCGCUCUGGAAUCCGGGUGCUCAUCUGGGCCAGGAGGUCCUGCUUUGGGACCAAAGAGGAAGCUGCAUUUAAUGUGGCACUUUGUGAGCUGGCUGGGCACUUGCCCAUCAAAACUGCCCAGGACUUCCAGAGCCUUACAGAGACAGCAGCCAUUCACAUCAUCCAGAGAUACCUCCUCCCUGAGCCACAGCUGUCACAGCUCCGAGAUCAGCUGGUGACACUUCUCACAGAGUAACCACAUGGGCUCCGCAUUGCACAUGGCGUCGCACUUUUCAAGUCUCACUCUUGCGUAUUUUGUAACUGCUGUAGAAUCAUUCAUUGGGGCAGUCGGGGAGCAGGGAUUAUGCUCUGGAUUUGCCUCCAGGAUCCAACAUGGAGGCAACCUUGCUGUUUGAACCACUGCCCCUCUCCCUGCGGGCACUGCAGACUGGAUCCUCUGGGACGCUGACUGGCCUGUUGUACCAUCAUUGGCAAGAAAGGAAGAAAGAUCUCUAUGGCGGGCUUUGUCCUUAACCUCACUUACCCAUGUGAGUUUAGGUGGGGCUCUGCGGUGUGCUGGGAGUGGGAGAUAAAGCGGGGGGGGUGACCCCCAAGUUCCUGAUCUAGUUAAUGACUGAACUGUUGGCUAGUUUCUGGAGAAUACAGCCAAUAAACCCCCACCUUUGGAAA